CUCCCUUCACCAUCCUCUGCUCCGUUUGUCAAGACGGGGGUGGAACCUGAUGCUCUGCUCUUAAGCAAAUUAUAACAAAAAACAAAAACCUAACAAGGGCGCUCUAAACUUCAUCUGGAAGCCCUCUGGUGUUUUCCCAUUUCCUAACAGUCCACACCUAGAGGGGGUUUCAUUUAAGAGGUGUUUUUUUUCUGUGCGCCUUCCCCCUUUAUGUGGCACCACCAACACACACUCCAAGGAUCCGCAGAGGGAGCUGGUGUGGCUGGGAGUGAACGAUUCUGGAUAAACCAGCAGAAACUUUCCCCUGCUCACAUUUUUUCCUCUCCCUUUUCCUGCGCACAGCCUCUCUCUCUCUUUUUUUUUUUCUCUUGAGGGUGAUUUUUUUUUUUUUUUAAGGCACCUCCCUGCUCCUCUUAAGAUCUUCCCCAUGCAUCUCCACCUGCACCUCCUGGCCGCUGCAGCUUGAGUUAAAAAAAAAAAGAGAAAACAUCUCCUUCCCUUCUCCUGGUUUGGACUCUGGAGCCUGCGUCAUGCCGCCACACCUGAGGUGCAAACCGGUUCCGCUGCUGGAGCGCACCGCGUUCUUCUAAUUGGAUCUACUUCUGAUAUCCUCUGAGGGAGACUUGGGCAUGCUCUGCUUUCCUCUGGAGAACAUUUGCAACGGGAAGAAAGUAGAAAUAGCAGAGUGAGUAUUAGAGAAGGAAGAGAGCAAUAAGAAGAAAAAAAAAGGAGUAGAAACUUUACCUGAGAAAGACUCUAACUUAGUUGUAGAUGUUCGAUCAGGCCACGACUAUGGGCGAUGGGAGCCACCGCUGUGGCCCCAACCCACUGGACAGGAUGGAGGGGAAGUGCCGCCCCGACAUGGGCAGCAGGUCCCCGGUGCAGAGCUCCAUAGACACUCCGGGGACCUCGGCAUCCACGCCGACGUCCUCCAGCGAGGACGGACACGAGAAACUUCUGGGGGUGGACCCGGACUACUGCCGCAGGAUAUUAGUGAGGGACGCCAAAGGAACCAUCCGGGAGAUCGUCCUGCCCAAAGGUCUGGACCUGGACCGGCCCAAACGAACCCGGACCUCCUUCACGGCUGAGCAGCUGUACCGGCUGGAGCUGGAGUUCCAGCGGUGCCAGUACGUGGUGGGCCGCGAGCGCACGGAGCUGGCACGGCAGCUCAACCUGUCAGAAACACAGGUGAAGGUCUGGUUCCAGAAUCGCCGGACCAAACAGAAGAAGGACACCACCAAGGAUUCAGACAAGCGCUCCUCCUCCACGUCAGAGUCUUUGGCAACCUGUAACAUCCUGCGUCUCCUGGAGCAGGGCCGGCUCCUGUCAGGACCUGCCCCACCUCCAAAUUCCCUCCUGGGGCCCCCAGCCCACCCCACGAACGGCUCCCUGUUGAGCAGCCCCGGUGGGGGCUCCUCUUCCUCCCCGGGAAUCAAUAGCAGCACCUCACCCAGCUCCUUAGCGGGCGGGACAUUCGGGCUCUCACUGCCAUCUCUGGGCGGCACUCCAUCGUCGCCACGACUGGGGGUACCGCCCCCACACUCCCUCUGCUUCUCCAUGCCCUUACUAGGGGGGGCCCAUCAUGAACUGACGUCCACAUAUGGCUGCGGGUCCUCGGCCUUCGAGCCAUACAUGCGAUUAGACAGGAAGGAGGCAGAUCUAGGUGGGAAGAAAACCGUUUCCUAAACGGUGAGGCCGUCUUUCAGGAGCCAAAAGGAGGAUUUGACUAUACGAGCUUCAUCCUGCCACUGGACAGGCAAAGAAAAUAUGAAACAGUGACAGGGUUGCUUUGUAGCAGCACUAUUUUGUGAAAAAUGACACUCAAAAAGUAAAAAAAAAAAACACUUGAUGGAAAGUGUUAAAAAAAUUUUGUUUUGUUUUAAUUACCAUAUGUGGCAGACAGUUCUCAUCAUCACUCUCUCUUUCCAGUAGUUUUAAGUGACUCUUUGCUUUCUGUCCAGUGAGUUUGUGUGUAUGUGUGUGAUUUCCUCUCUCUCUUUAUGGGCCUUCAUUUACUGUUCAUUGAAAAAAAAAAAAAUUACAAAAAAUAACAAAACAAAAAACAUACCUGACAUGAAUAAUUUGAACCCAUUAUCAGCAGACCACCUGUAACAGGACCGCCACAGUACGGCGUUACCUAUUCUCCUGUUUAAGGUGUAUUCUUGUACAUUUUUUAAGCUGUAACAGGUUCUGUGGUGAGGCUGGUAAGAGACGAGCGGUAAUUACAUCUUAAUAUUCUUGUUCAAGUGGCCAUGUUUGAUUUUUAGUUAAUGUGCUAUCACAGUAGAAAAGAAACACAUGAAAAAAAAAGAACCGUAGCAUCUUAAUAUCAGUCUGUUUGGUGUCCAGAUGUAGUUUUUGUAAAACCGUCUUUUUUUGUUUUCUUUGUUUGUUGAUUAUUAUUUCAAUUUUGGUUGUAAAUGAAACAGUAAAUGUUAGGAUCCAGAUGAACGGUGCAAACUUACAGUACAUAUCUAGAUCUUAUGUGUAAACGUGAAAGGAAAUGAAAACAAAGAUGAGGGUGAGAAAGAUAGUGAGGAAGCAUCCCACGGAAAAAGCUUUGGAGGUGGAUGAGCUAACGUUUAUCGAGGUCAAGCUUCAAAGAAGGAGAGAGGGAGAAAGAGAAGACCUCUGAACCAAGACUAACGUUUGAUUCACAAGUCUUACAGCUUUUAAAUCAAACCCCGAAAGAGUUCACAGAACGAAAAAUAAUCCAUUUACAGAGAAUAUUUUGUAGAGUUUUGCUCCUGCUGUCUUUUUGAGGCUCGAGCUGCAGCUGCAGGCGGCGGAUCGACAUGUCGCUCCGUCGAAAAUUCAUGUCCAACAAAGAUACUGGCUCCAAUGAAAGAAAACUCUAAAGAGACACCAAAAUAUUAGAAAAAGUUUCAUUUAUUCAGGUCAUUGUAAAGAACAGAAUUAAAGAAAAGAAGAUAAAGUAUUUCCCUCCAAAAAUAUAUAGGGCAACAUUUUUCCUGUUAUCCCUGAGGCUGUUGCAAAGACAUGGAUUUUAACAUGUGGGAAAAUCAACGGUUUAAAUUUAUUGACACACAUCUAACAAACAUAAGGAGGAUGCAUGGGCGGUUCUAGAAAGGGGCCAACAGGGGCCAGUGCCCCUUUAGAACCAGUCCUGGCACCUGUUAUGGCCCCUUGACUGAAGACAAAUUCUGUUCUAUAUGAUGGCAUGCAUUUGUGCUGAAACAGUAACUAAUUGGUUCCUUGGAUAAAAAAAUGAUAUAUUGAAUUUGAAUUUAAAAUUGAUUAAAAAAAUUUACGUGUUGCACCAUUAGCUCCAGCUGUAUGUAGAUAGGAGCACCAUCUUCAUCUGCUAGAUCAGGGUCCUGUGGUCUUCUGAUUUUUUUUCUUCUUUUAAUUCUGCUGCUCUGUGCCCCCCAUGAAAAAACAUUAAAAUGUCUAGAACUGCCACUAGGAGGAUAAAUUGAAGAAAUGAAAUAUUUCUACUUACACCGUCAUAUUUCGCUGCUUCUUUAAUCCAUUAAUAUAGGCAGAGAAUGUAGGUCAGCAUACAUUAAUGGUGAUGAGUUAUUACCAAUCCUAAUAAUAUGGACUAUAACAGGUUAUAUCUUUUGAGAUCUAAAAUCAGAUCUGAUAUUUCACAGGAAUUGAUUUGUUACCCGUGUUACUCUACUCUGACACAUAAAAUCUAAUUAUUUGCAACAAUUAGCAAGCCACAUAAACAAUCUAAAUGGAUCAAAGAUAGGAGAUAUUUCUAAAUGGUCUGAAUGUGGUAAAAGCAGCUUUAACUGCCGCUAGGAGGUAUUUUUUGGAGAGAUGGAUGCAAUCUGUAGGCGCUUUUUUGAUGGCCAACUGGAGCAGCCAUUUGUUAAAAACAUAGAAAGCAAUAGAGACUUUUACAGCUGUCAAAAUCUUUUGUAACACCAAAACAAUUCUCUUAAUUUAUCGGUAGAGAAAAAAAAACAUACUAACACUAAAUUGGUGAUGA